ACUAUUGCUUGACGAUUGCUUUUAUUUAACCCAAAAAAUGUCGGCUUUCCCGGAAUUAUGGAUAAUAUUCGCAGUCUUAGCUGUAGCUUUGCCAUUGCCUGGGGAAUCUGAGCUCAUGAAACCACAUGUCUGUCUCACAGAGGAAUGUCAAGAGAUAGCGCAGAUGUAUGCCGAAACAAUGAAUGAAACCGUCGACCCAUGUGAAAACUUCUACAAGUACAGUUGUGGUGGUUGGGCCAGCAAAAACCUAAUUCCAGACUAUGUAGCUUUCUGGGAUCGUUCCAUUUCCACACAUCGCGCGCACGAGAAACUUCUGAAAAGUAUGCUGGAGAGCCCGCCGGAAGUCACCGAUAUUCUUCCGAUUCAGCAAGCGAAGACGUUCUAUCAGUCAUGUAUGGACAUCGCUGCUCGUAAUGCAAGUAUAGUCAAUACUAUCGCAUCAUUUCUUGAGAGCAAUGGUGGCUGGCCAAUGGCCAUGAAUUUUCAUGACUGGAAGGAAGAUGACCGUUCAUGGCAAGAAGUCGAUGCCAAUUUCGAAAAUUUGACAACUUAUUACGCAUUCUACAAUUUUAUUGGCGCAAAAGGGCCCUGGCUGCGCAUGCUUCCCCCCAUGGACAAUGAGAUUCUCAAUAAUUCCAAAAUUUUAUAUCUUGUCGACUUAAUCAUUCGUCAUAAUCACGCCAAUGUUUCUGCGGCGCAACUAAAGAGUGAUAUCGACGAUCUAUUUAUUUUUGACCAGAAAUUGGGAGAGGCAAGAGAGAAUGGAAGCCAGUGGAAGUUGCAGUUGCAGAAUCUUACAACAUUUAUUCUCGAAUGGGAAAAGAAAAUUCAAUCAGAACCUGAUCCAAAAACUGUGGUAAACUGGAAAGAAAUGAUUCAACGUUGGGCCUUUACCACCCGUGAAAUACCCGGUGGUAUAACGCUGGAAAUCGAUAGAAAAUAUUACUUUUCGUUGCCAGAAAUAUGGAGGAACACCACUAAACGAACAAUUGUAAAUUACAUCCACUGGCAAUUUGUGAAUCGCAUUUUUGGUGAGGCCCCCAAAGAAACAGGUGAUGAAGAUUCCGAGUUGGAUAAAUUGCUCCGUUGGCUGGAUUGUAUGAACGCAACGACAAUGUACGAGGCGCAUGCACAUUGGUUUGUCGAACAUUACUUCACGGAGACCAACCAAAAAGCAGUACAAGAAGUCGUGAAGUAUAUUAAAGAAGGGUUCAUAUAUCAAAUUGAAAAAUCCAAUUUGAUGGACAAUUCUUCUAAAUCGGCCCUAAAGAGGAAACUCGAAAAAAUGGAAAUUCUCAUUGGCCGUCCAGAUUGGAUUCAAAAUAGAACAGAAAUUGAAAGCUACUAUGAAAAUCUCAAUAUUGGUGAUGACUAUGUGACUAAUCGUUUGAAUUUUCGGAGAUUUGAGAAGAAGUACGGCUCCUUGGCCGCUGAACGCUCCGAAUCGUCUAGAUGGUUCAUGCACAUACUGCAGCCGACAGCUGCGUACCACCGUGAUUGGAAUGUUGCCAAUAUCCCAGCAGGAUUUUUUCACCUACCUUUUUUCAACUCAGAGGCACCUGAUUUCGUAAAUUACGGAGCGUUAGGAAACACUAUCAGCCAUGAGAUAGGUCAUGGCUUUGAUAACCAGGGAAUAAGAGAUAGAACAUCAACUAGAAACCCUGUACGAGAUUACUUUAUGCUUUUUAACUACAAGAUUCAACUAGAAUGCAUUGAGGAUCAAUUCAGAAACUAUUUCAAAUCGGAUUCGAUGGUUGCUCAAACAAUGAGUGAAAAUGUCGCGGAUUUAAUUGCAACUCAACUAAUGUUGGCUUCUUACGACCGUGCGAAACAGGCUGGGAAGGCGAAUGUGACAGUGAAGCUCCCAGGGUUCGAAAAGUUUACUGAUGACCAAAUGCUCUUCAUCGCUUUUGCUCAGACACACUGUCAAGUUACACCUGACAACUAUAAAGAUGAAUCUGACGUACACAGUCCACCGGAACUUCGGGUAAAUGUUGGUGUUAGUAAUGUUCCAAGAUUUGGCGCAGCUUUCAGUUGUACAGUGGGAAGUCCCAUGAAUGCGGCGAAAAAAUGUACCAUUUGGGAAAAAAGAAGUUCCUCUUUGAAUGACGACAGAUGACUUAUUAUUUUUCGCGACAUUGCUUUUUGGAUGAGCUUUAGAAGAAAAAUGUGUUAGAAUAUAAGUUUCAAUUUUGAGAAUUGAUUUGAGGAAAUUAUGCGUACAAAAACGAAUCGACGUAGAGAGUGCUGGAGAGUUAAUAUAAACAUAAACAAUGACUCCAUAGGGAGCAAGAACUGAGAGUUCUUUGUCGUUAGGUGACGAUAUACCUUUGGUCUUUUUGACUAGUUUUUAGUCUGCUGGAGCAGUCCGUAGAGUACAGACAUUUCUUCCUCGUGCGAUAUUAAUGAAUAAAGAAAAGGAAAAGUUAA